GUGACAUCUGUUAAGGUUGCUUUCUUGUAUGUUCAGGCAGGUAGUUACAAUAGAGGAUAACGGCAAGGUGCAAAAUCCGCUAGUCACACGGCGAGAAUUGGAGAUCAACCAUACCUAUUCCUUUUCUGUUAGCCGAAGUCAAACGAAAUGGCACGAAAAACGCAUACCAAAUCCCGGACUGGUUGCCAGACCUGCAAGGCUCGCCGAAUCCGAUGUGACGAAUCCUGGCCGGCCUGUAAGCGGUGCACCUCCACUGGUCGUCGCUGCGACGGGCCCUCGAAAGCAGUGGCGGCUGUAACAGUCUCAUUCGCCCACGUGUUGACUAUUCCGACAAUGCAAAAGCCACUGGCAAGGUUAGUCUAUGAAAAUGACCAAGAAGCUCGAUAUGUUGCAUAUUUUCUGGAGCGCAUUGCAACCAGCCCUCGAGGUCAAUCCAUUAUACCUCCUUGGCGGACACUAAUGAUUCAAGGAGUCCUUGGAGAUACCGCUGUUCGACAAUGUGCCUUGGCAAUGAGUGUACUUAUGCUGGAGGAGAAUGCCGAACAUCAAUCCACGGCAUGUCUCCUGCCUUCUCGGCGUGGGGAUGCCAGAUAUAAGCUCGCGUUGAAGAAAUACGGGAAAGCGUUGUCUUCUGUACGAGCGCUGCUGUCUCAUAGCGACAGGCGAUCGGUUGAAGCUGCUUUACUAUGUGGAAUCAUCUGUAUCUGGUUCGAAAUCCUAAUUAAGGAUCAUCUAAGUGCCUUAAGUCACCUCGACAGAUGUCUGAAUAUUGUACAGAUGUCACGAUUCCUGGGUAGAGGAGAUAUCGACGUUGAUAUCAAAGAGGCCUACGUAAAACUUGACAUACAAGCGGCAAUAUAUAUUGGUGCACGGUCUCCUGUUCUUCUCGUCGAGGAGACAAAGCCAAUCCCAUACAUAUUCGACACGUUCAGACAAGCGGAGCAGAUCUUCAAUGCGGUAUAUGGUAAUGUCAUGUAUCUUUCACGCAAGGUAGCUUCACAGUAUCGCUACCAUCAGCCGGGUCUGAUUCCCCUAGAGCUCCUCGCGGAUACGCAGUUAUUGCAACAGCGCCUAGAGCAAUGGAACUCUGCAUUCAACUACUCUUACUCCUGCCAAAAGGCACAAGGAGACCCUCAGAUGACCCCACAAGUAUCCCUACUGUUGAUCCAGUAUCACAUGGCCGUCAUAACCGCCUCAACAUGUCUUUACACCGAAGAAAUGAUCUACGAUCGGUUCUUACCUGAUUUUGAUCAUAUGAUACGACUUGCAGAUAAGCUAGUGUCGUGGUGGCACAGUCAACCCGCAGGAAGCACACUGGGAGUCCCUUUGGACAUGGGUGUCGUUCAGCCUCUGUACAUGAUUGCCACUAAGUGUCGGACCAGCUUGCUUCGUCAGAAGGCGAUUGACAUGCUGCUUUCAAUGCCAAAUAACGAGGGAAUUCGGGAAGUUCCGCUCUUGGCUUCAGUGGCACGGAGAGCAAAGGAUAUCGAAGAGCUGGGGUUGGACGUUGAGAUAGAUGGUGUGCCUGAAUUUCGCAGGAUACAUGCAAUUGGAUUUGAUGUCACCCAGGGAACUAGCCGGGCCCAUGUGGAAUUCCGUAGACGUCCAAAUGGAAUGGACGGAGAAUGGGAAGGGUGGAAAGAAUUCGUAUCUUAUUAACGGUUGUCAUGAGUGUGGUCUUGACGCAAUGCCA